GUUUCAUCUGCGAUAAAAACGCUUCGAGUUUAAGUCAAAAGUCAGUAAGUCUAGAUCAGCUGUCCAUCACUCAUGAGGGCUUUUCUUUGCUUGUUGUCCUUGGCCUCGGCAGCCUUGGCUUCUGAUAAACCAUGGAGGCUGCCAGAAAUAGCAAAGUCUCAUCAAGAAAAAAACCAGACCUUGGAUUGUUACGAUUUACGAGCUUUUGGUGGAAAACAUGUUACAUUCACCGAAAAUACCUUCGACUUGGCUACUUACGAAUUUGACGACAUGAUUAGCUCGUGCUGCUUUUAUGGGAUCUGGAUUUUCUACGACGAACCUGAUUACAACAUGAACAACUUGGACGCUGCUGUUUAUUUGAAAUGGGGCGAAAAUGCUUGCUACACGGUAGACACCGAAUUCAACAAUAGAGCAUCCUCAAUCCGGUUAGCUGGAGCUCCUGAUGAUUACAAGCAAGAUUCCCUUAAUUUGUAUGAAGGAAGAUUAUUCAUGGGAAAAGAACAAUACUUUGAUGAAGAUGCUCCUCAAAUUACCGAGAAGAAUCUGGGAGCAUCCGCAAUAGUAAGUGGGUGCUCCCCUUGGACCAUCUAUGCGGAUGCUAACUAUCAAGGCGAAUCCAUAUGUUUGCAACCUAGGACGGACACACCCGAUUGUUACCCGACCUUCUUUUUCGAACCCGCUGAAAUUGGUCCCUUGGCCUCCAACGUAUCAAGCAUUAGGAGAGGAUGCUUUGCCAAGAAUAAACGGUUUGGACGAACUCUUUAAACAGAACUGAUUUGAAGUUUACGUUGCAAUUUGUUUUGUUCGAUGACUCAUCAAUAAAAAUAUCCUUGUUUAAUCGGGAAGAAUUUUCUGAUUAAAUAUUCUACGAAUAGA